AUGUCACAAGCAGGCGCAAAAGAGGUUCCCGGCGAACCUAUGACACUGGAAAACAAAGCGCUCACAACCGGAGCAUCGAUGAUUCAAAACUUCAAGCCUGUCAACCAAAUAUGCGCCCAUUUACAUGCAUAUCAUGUGUAUGCAGACGAUCCCACCCGAUGCGUGGAGGCCAAUCACUAUUGUAGCCACGUAAAUGCAGACUUCAGGCAGUGUCUCAUCUAUGACUCCCCUGAAAAGAAUGCCCGCCUCAUUGGAGUGGAGUACAUGAUCACGCCAAAAAUAUACGAAUCGCUUCCCAAGGAAGAGCGCGAAUUAUGGCAUUCCCAUGAAUUCGAAGUCAAGAGCGGAAUGCUCGUUAUGUCGGCUCCAAAGGGUACACCCGCAGCCGUCUGGGACAAAGCCGAACUCGCAGAAAUGGAAAACGUGGUGCCUCUUUAUGGCAAAACAUAUCACAUGUGGCAAGUAGACCGAGGUGACGCGGUGCCCAUGGGUGCGCCUCAACUUAUGGGUAGUUUCACGUCUGAGGAAGCGGUGAAGAAGGCGUGCCCAGGUGGUAUUCAGCAGCUGGCGGACAGUACGAAAGAUAGAUUUGGCAUUGAUAUUUACAAGAAGCGGGAGGAGAGAAAAGGAGUGAGGCCAGGGUGGAAGAUCCAUCCUGAUGCCGACGCAUUUUGGAAGAAGUAA